UGUUGUCAUUGGCGGCUCCCAAGAUGGCGUCCAUCGUGGAAGGGCCGCUGAGCAAAUGGACUAACGUGAUGAAGGGAUGGCAGUAUCGUUGGUUCGUGCUGGACUACAAUGCAGGACUGCUCUCCUACUAUACGUCCAAAGACAAAAUGAUGAGAGGCUCUCGAAGAGGAUGCGUUAGACUCAGAGGAGCUGUGAUUGGUAUAGAUGACGAGGACGACAGCACCUUCACAAUCACUGUGGAUCAGAAAACCUUCCACUUCCAGGCUCGAGAUGCAGAUGAGCGAGAGAAGUGGAUCCAUGCCUUAGAAGAAACCAUUCUUCGCCAUACUCUUCAGCUUCAAAUCAGUACCACACUUGCUUUUUUCCAGUCUUCUGGUAUCUCUCCAGUUCUUGAAUUUUCAAAAAUAAUUGGUUUGGAUUCAGGAUUCGUUCCUAGUGUCCAAGACUUUGAUAAGAAGCUCACUGAGGCUGAUGCUUACCUGCAGAUCUUGAUAGAACAAUUGAAGCUUUUUGAUGACAAGCUUCAAAAUUGUAAGGAUGAUGAACAGAGAAAGAAAGUUGAAACCCUCAAAGACACAACAAAUAGCAUGGUAGAAUCAAUUAAACACUGCAUUGUGUUGCUACAGAUUGCUAAAGACCAGAGUAAUGCGGAGCAGCACGCAGAUGGAGUUCUAAGUACUAUUAAUCCUGUAGAUGCAAUAUACCAGCCUAGUCCCUUGGAGCCUGUGAUCAGCACAAUGCCUUCCCAGACUGUCUUACCUCCAGAACCCGCUCAGUUGUGUAAGUCAGAGCAGCGUCCGUCCUCCCUGCCUGUUGGACCUGUGUUAGCUACCUUGGGACAUCAUCAGACUCCAACACCAAAUAGUACAGGCAGUGGGAAUUCACCACCUAGCAGCAGUCUAACUCCUCCCAGCCAUGUCAACUUGUCUCCAAAUACAGUCCCAGAGUUCUCUUACUCUAGCAGUGAAGAUGAGUUCUAUGAUGCUGAUGAAUUCCAUCAAAGUGGCUCAUCCCCAAAGCGCUUGAUAGAUUCUUCUGGAUCUGCCUCAGUCCUGACACACAGCAGCUCUGGAAAUAGCUUAAAACGCCCAGACACCACAGAGUCACUGAAUUCCUCCAUGUCCAAUGGCACAAGUGAUGCUGAUCUUUUUGACUCCCAUGACGACAGAGAUGAAGAUGGGGAGGCGGGGUCAGUGGAGGAGCACAAGAGCGUUAUCAUGCACCUCUUAUCACAGGUCAGGCUCGGCAUGGACCUCACAAAGGUAGUUCUUCCAACAUUUAUUCUCGAGAGAAGAUCUCUGUUAGAAAUGUAUGCAGACUUUUUCGCACAUCCCGACCUGUUCGUGAGCAUUAGUGAUCAGAAGGACCCCAGGGAUCGGAUGGUUCAGGUUGUGAAAUGGUACCUCUCGGCCUUCCAUGCAGGAAGGAGAGGAUCAGUGGCCAAAAAGCCGUACAAUCCUAUUUUGGGUGAGAUCUUUCAGUGCCACUGGACGUUGCCGAAUGAUACUGAAGAGAAUGCAGAGCUCGUUUCAGAAGGGCCGGUUCCCUGGGUGUCUAAGAACAGUGUAACAUUUGUGGCUGAGCAAGUUUCCCAUCAUCCGCCCAUUUCAGCCUUUUAUGCUGAGUGUUUUAACAAGAAGAUACAAUUCAAUGCUCAUAUCUGGACUAAAUCAAAAUUCCUUGGGAUGUCAAUUGGGGUACACAACAUAGGUCAGGGCUGUGUCUCGUGUCUGGAGUAUGGUGAGCACUACAUCCUCACGUUCCCCAAUGGCUAUGGAAGGUCUAUCUUGACAGUGCCCUGGGUGGAAUUAGGAGGAGAAUGCAGUAUUAACUGCUCCAAAACUGGCUACAGUGCAAAUAUCGUCUUCCACACCAAGCCGUUCUAUGGCGGCAAGAAGCACAGAAUUACUGCAGAGAUUUUUUCUCCAAAUGACAAGAAAUCCUUCUGCUCAAUUGAAGGGGAAUGGAAUGGCAUCAUGUAUGCAAAAUAUGCAACCGGGGAAAAUACUGUCUUUGUAGACACCAAGAAGUUGCCUAUAAUCAAGAAAAAAGUGAGGAAGUUGGAAGAUCAGAACGAGUAUGAGUCCCGAAGCCUUUGGAAGGAUGUCACUUUCAAUUUAAAAAUCAGAGACAUUGAUGCAGCAACAGAAGCAAAGCACAGACUUGAAGAGAGACAAAGAGCAGAAGCGCGAGAACGGAAGGAGAAGGAAAUUCAGUGGGAGACGAGGCUCUUUCACGAAGAUGGAGAAUGCUGGGUUUACGAUGAACCUUUACUGAAGCGUCUUGGUGCUGUGAAGCAUUAAGCUGAACCGAGUUCACCGGGUGACCAGGGCAGUAGGCGUAACUAAGCAACAAUCGAUCUUCAGGAGAACUUGUCACUUCCUUCUUAAUGCGGUGGUUCCUAUCUCAGGGAUACUGGACUUGACACAGAUGAACAAUUAAAGUGGAAAGCGCUUCCCUUUUCUCCUCUGUGGCAGUUACAAUUUUGACUUCAGGCCUGAGAAAAACUUCAGGUUUCGAAACAUGAUGUCUCCUCCUUUUCCAGGUCCCAUGCUUUGAAAAAUAUUUACAGAGUCCCAGGUCUCUGCUCCAGCCCUCCAGUCCUGCUGUUCAGGCCUAAAUCCUCAUCUCCUAGUUCAUAUAAUCCUGAGUUCUAGACACACACACACAACAGCUGGCAGUUUCCACAGAUCGCCCACCUGUACAUACUGUUUCCUCAGAGCUGUUUAGAAAUCAGUGCAAUGUAUGAGAAUCAAGUGUUAGGGAAUCUCAUGGUCCCACCUAUGACCUUUCUUUUAGAAUUGAACUAUGAUUAGAUUGUAUCUAAACCUGAAGUAUAAUUAUAUGCAAUGCUUCUUAAAGCUUCAUAAAAUAAUUUUCCAACCUUUUUAAAAA